UCAAAAGAUCAGCAGUUCAAAUCUACUAGCUGUUCCCUUGGAAACCCUAUGGGGCAGUUCUGCUCUGCCCUAUAGGGCCCUAUGAGUCAAAAUUGACUCAUCAGCAGUGGGUUUUCUACUAGAAGCACGCCUGGCACUAGGUUAGGGGAAGGCAGAAUAGUUAAUCCAAAAGCAACUUAUUAAAUGGGACAUGAUUCAACAAUGUUUAUAAUAUAUGUUAAAUUGACAGCUAUUACAGUGAGAUUGUAGAUUCAUUAGAAGCAGCAAUGUAAAACAUGUGAUUGAAAUAUGUGUGGUCAGAUUGUGUGAUACGAAGAGAAGGCAAUCGAACAUUGCGAUGUUUUGGCCUUGCUUCUUCACUAACCAGUUGCACAGGAUUCGCUCUCAUGUUCACUUCACUUGAAGUUAGAAGCUGGCUAUGACUCUGAAGUUCCUCAUACUAAAUCUUUACUAUUGUUCCAAACAGAUCCUGUAAGAAACAAUAAUCAAGGAUGAGAAAUCAAACAGCACUAACAACCUUCAUCUUGCUGGGACUGACAGAUGAUCCUUGGCUACAAAUUCUGACUUUUAUCUUUCUAUUUCUUUCCUACAUGUUAAGUGUAACUGGAAACCUAACCAUCAUCAUCCUCACUCUGGUGGAUUCCCACCUUAAAACACCAAUGUAUCUUUUCCUUCAAAAUUUCUCCUUCUUAGAAAUUUCAUUCACAACUGCUUGUAUUCCCAGAUUCUUGUAUAGCAUGUCUUCUGGGGACAGGUCCAUCACCUAUGGUGCUUGUGCCAGUCAACUCUUAUUUAUAGACCUCUUUGCAGUAACAGAAUUCUUUCUCCUGGCCACCAUGUCCUAUGAUCGCUAUGUGGCCAUCUGCAAACCACUGCAUUACACAACCAUCAUGAGCAACAGAGUAUGCAAGAACUUCAUCCUCUUUUGUUGGGCAGCAGCACUGGUGAUCAUUCUUCCACCAAUUAGUUUGGGUUUGGGCCUGGAGUUCUGUGAUUCUAACGUCAUUGAUCAUUUUUGCUGUGAUGCAUCUCCUAUCCUGAAGAUCUCUUGCUCAGACACAUGGCUGAUAGAACAUCUGGUUAUCGCGUGUGCUGUGUUGACAUUCAUCAUCACCCUCACGUGUGUAGUUCUUUCCUACAUCUAUAUCAUCAGGACAAUCCUAAGGUUUCCCUCUGCCCAGCGAAAGAAAAAGGCAUUCUCCACUUAUUCUUCCCACAUGAUUGUUGUUUCCAUUACUUAUGGUAGCUGCAUCUUCAUUUAUGUCAAACCUACGGCCAAGGACGAGGUGGCAAUUAAUAAAGGCAUUUCACUCCUUAUUACUUCUAUUUCACCAAUGUUGAAUCCCUUUAUUUACACACUGAGAAAUAAGCCAGUGAAGCAAGCUUUCAAAGACUCAAUGAAAAAAAAAUGCACUCUUCUCAAAGACGUGAAGGUAAAAGGAAGGUUGAUGAAUCCAAUUAAAUGA